AUGUACCACACUGUGAUCCUCACCAGUGAAUUUCAAGCACGUGAUUUCAUUGACUCCCACCCUCUUGCUUCUGCAAAAGUGAAAUCACUUUGUCUUGAUGGUACUUUGCAGCUCAUGACAGCGGCCCGCAUCAUAGAGCUGUGCCAGAGCAUUGACAAUCUUGCCCUCUGGGUUCUACCUGAAGGGGAUAUGCCUAAUGUCCCAGCUUGCCUCUUGACCGCCUUAAACAGGCUUCCCCUGUCACGACUGUCCAUUCGUUUGUCAGCCAUCUUCUGCAGAACGGCAACACCAUAUUUGCCAUCUAUCCCAUUGUUUGGAAAAGUCACCCACCUUGAAUUACUUGAAGGUUGGGUACUCUUUGGCUUUCCUCAGGCUACCGGCAUACAUCAACUCACUCAACUUACCCAUCUGUCUCUUCGAGUGGUCGCCCACCAGACAGCACCAGCAUUACUACAGAUGAUUCUCGCAGAAUGUGCGUCCCUGGAGGUUUUGGUUUUGCGCGUAAUAAAUGGAGUUGAGGAUAUAGAGGCGUGGUUGAAGGUCAAAGGACUUGAUGAUCCUCGUAUCAUGGUAACUGUGAUGGACCCUCAUAACUUCUGGGACAGCUUGACAAGCGACGACUCGGAGACAACAACUAUAGCACUAUGA